GUUAUAAGACCGUGUUGCGUACUACGGCGUGGGUAACCUCAAACAACGUAUUUAAAGUUCGUUAAAUUUCAAGUUAAUCAUGAAAAUCGUGGAUUAAUUGAUUGUAAUCCACCACCACGCAGUUCUGUUCCUAGGAAAUCGAACAGUUCUAGAACUUGGCAAGAAUGAAUCAAGCAAAUAUAUCUAACCUGGUAUCCAAACUCAAUAUAUUCGUUCGACCGAAAGCCCGACGGCUCAAGAAUCCAGCCGGUCCAGAGGGGCGAUUGUUGAAAUUGAGAAAAACCGUGACGGCUCUCAUUAAAUACGAACGACUCGAAUUGAAUUUCAAUAGAGGCGAAGAAGCGAGGGGAUACGCUGAGCGCCUCAUAUCGGAAGCCCUGAGACAUGGCCCGACUCACCACGAAACAAUGAAACUGGCAGAUUUCUGGAUUUUGGAAAAGCAGUACGUCCACAAAUUAUUCAAGGUUCUGGUACCCCGAUACGAAAACUUCACUAGUUCCUACACCAAGAUGUACAACGCGCCACGUUUAUAUCCUGGAAUGUAUUAUAAAAAAUCUGUACUGGAGUUAAAAGGGAACGUGUACCCAAGCUUGCAUCAGGAAUAUUCUCAAAAGCGAAACCUGCUACACAAUGUAUUGCUCGACGAAGCAAGGAAGGAAUUUCGUCUGAAGAAAUAUGACGAAAUUGUUGACAAUUUCAAACAGUGAGAACGUUAAUUAUCGAAUAAAAUGAGUUGUUUGUUCGUGUUUUAAUAAUAAAUAAACUAAUCGUACAAU